AUAUAUAUAUUAGUUUUUUGUUUUUUUUUAUCUGUCAGCCAUAAGCAUUGGAAUAAUUAGAUGUAAACACUUGAAAUCUCUCACUGUGUGUAAGUAGUCGAUUUAAACUUAAGAUUUUAUUAUAUACAUUUGUGAUUGUACUAUUUUGUACUGUAUAUCGGUGUAUUUUGUUGCGCUACCUUCUUGUGUUGUCUGUGAAAACGUGCUAAAUAAAUAGUACUUAAAAAGUGCUUAAUUCAAUAUGUAUAUGUACAUUUUAGAGUAGAAUUGUUGGCACACACUAACUUUUUUUUUUUUACAAUAUUCUAUUUUUUUUACAUGCUCCUGUUUUUAUGAUACACUUUUCUGCAAGUUUCUUGUGAAAACAAUUUGUUUUUUAAUUUCUGAAUUAUAUUUUUUGCUUUACCUUAAGUCCACUUGCAGAAACUUAAUUUUUUUGCUCCAAACAGUCUGAUGCUGACCCAUGUGGCUUAUCUUUUUAUUAAAUCAGCCAGGAGUCGUGCCCCCGAGUGCAGGGUGCAUAAAGAAGCCUGCUUUAAAAAGUCAACGGGUAGAGAGUUCUCUCUGCCUCCAAAGAUGAGCUGCACUUGUUCCGUAAUCUGAUUCGCCAAGGAGGCUGCGGACGCCCCGCCCCCCGGCUCGGCCGCCUCCCCGGAUUGGUCCUUCCCGUCGCCCGUCUUGGGGACCCAGAGAGAGGCACGAGCUGGCCUGUAAGCCUGCGCUGGCUGCUUCUCAGUGUCGGACACGUAGUGGGAAAGAGCAGGUCCCGAUGCACAAGUCACGGCAGCCCUGGGCGGAGAUGAAGGCGGACUCCGACUGGCUCUGAUUUUUCAAAGCCCUUUUCAUUCAGGAGCUUGCUUGCCCAAACGGUCAUCGAUAUGGCAGAUCCCUUAUCCCCUGGACCCAACAUUGCAAAAAUGGCGUCACUUAGCCGGGUCCGAGCUUUGGCGAUGAUUUUCUUAGCUGUCACUGGCUGCUGUGUCACCCCGACAAGUGGCAAGGAGGGCUCCGAGGAGACCGUCAUCAUCGGGCUCCGGCUGGAGGACACGGACGACAUUUCCUUCAUGGAUAAAGGCUACCUGCGGGUGAGCGAGCGGUCUCGGGUGAAACUGAGGGUCUACGGGCAGAACAUCAACAACGAGACCUGGUCCAAGAUUGCCUUCACGGAACACGAGCGGAGCCGGGCGGUGGGGGGCUUUGACAGCUCCUCGGGGGAUAACCAGAGCCGGGAGGACUCGUCCGGCUCGCAUCCUUGCGGAAUUAGGACUUCGGAUAUAAUUAUAUUACCCAACAUCAUAUUAAAUCGGAAAACAUCCGGAGUAGUCGAGAUUGAGGUCAAACCCCUGCGGAAGACCGAGAGGAGUAAAGCGUACUACCUUUGCAUCGCCACCUCCACGCCGGCGGUGGCCGGGUUGCACGACCCGUGGACUGAGAACACCUGGAUCUACCACGACGGGGACGACACCAAAGUGAUAGUGGUGGAGGAGAAAAAGUUCCUGCUGCCUUUCUGGCUCCAGGUCAUCUUCAUCUCCAUGCUGCUGUGCCUGUCCGGCAUGUUCAGCGGCUUGAACCUGGGGCUCAUGGCUCUGGAUCCCAUGGAGCUCCAGAUCGUCCAGAACUGCGGCACGGAGAGGGAGAAGAACUACGCCAAGAAGAUCGAGCCGGUGCGGAGCCAGGGCAACUACCUGCUCUGCUCGCUCCUGCUCGGGAACGUGUUGGUGAACACCACGCUGACCAUCCUCCUGGACGACAUCGCCGGCUCCGGGCUCAUCGCGGUGGUCAUGUCCACCAUCGGGAUCGUUAUCUUCGGUGAAAUCGUGCCGCAGGCCAUCUGCUCCAGACACGGCCUGGCCGUGGGGGCAAACACCAUCUUCCUCACCAAGUUCUUCAUGCUGCUCACCUUCCCGGCGUCCUACCCGGUGAGCAAGCUGCUGGAUUACCUGCUCGGACAGGAGAUCGGCACCGUGUACAACAGGGAGAAGCUGCUGGAGAUGCUGCGCGUCACGGACCCUUACAACGACCUGGUGAAGGAGGAGCUGAACAUCAUCCAGGGCGCGCUGGAGCUCCGGACUAAGACCGUGGAGGACGUCAUGACGCCGCUGAGAGAUUGCUUCAUGAUGCCCGGGGACACGAUCCUGGACUUCAACACCAUGGCCGAGAUCAUGAGGAGCGGCUACACGCGCAUCCCGGUGUUCGAGGGCGAGAGGUCCAACAUAGUGGAUCUGCUGUUUGUGAAGGACCUGGCCUUCGUUGACCCGGAUGAUUGCACGCCGCUCAAAACCAUCACAAAGUUUUACAGCCACUCGCUGCAUUUUGUGUUUAAUGACACCAAGCUGGAUGCGAUGCUGGAAGAGUUUAAAAAAGGAACAUCCCACCUGGCCAUAGUUCAGAGGGUGAACAAUGAAGGCGAGGGAGACCCCUUCUAUGAGGUUCUGGGAAUUGUCACCCUGGAGGACGUUAUUGAAGAAAUAAUCAAGUCAGAGAUCCUGGAUGAGACUGACUUAUACACCGACAACAAGACGAAGAAGAAAAUCACCCAUCGGGACAGGAAGCAGGACUUCUCKGCCUUCAAGCCCACUGACAAUGAAAUGAAGGUUAAAAUAUCACCUCAGCUUCUGCUGGCUGCCCUGCGUUUCCUAGCUACAGGGCUGGAGCCAUUUUUUCUUAUCCGUCAGCCAAAAAUAUACUGAUCUCGUCUCAGUGUGUACAAGGCCUGAAGAAAUUUUUUUGUUUGUUUGUUUGUUUAUUUUGCCAGAGCUGCAGUCAUAAAUCUAUUUGUAUAAGAUCAG